UUUAUUGUACAUAAUACUCUACCUAAAUAAACAUUAUGUAAGUAAACUAAGUACCUUUAGAAGUUUAAAUUUUAUGAGUUGUUAACGUGCAGGCAUAGGCUGUACUGUUGAGUAAUCUCAGCAUCCAUAAAACGAAAUAUAUAUAAUUAAAUAAAUUAUAUGUAUAAAAAAAAUGAUCUACCAUCGUUUUAUUCAAUGAAGUAGUACUCAAUUAAAGUAUUUUAAAUAAUUGCGAUUUAAACUUAGUUUAACUAUUAUUGUUGUUCUUUGUUCGGCGUGGCGGGAUGAGCGACGCGCGCGGGCUGCGGGGGCGCGGGGCGCGCGGGGGAGGCAACAGGUCGCGGGGAUCGAUACGGAGGCUGCCCUGCGCAGCGCCAGUGCCCUCACCAUGCGCCGCCUGAUACUGCUCUCGCUGACACUUCUGGCCCCAGAUGGCGAGUGCGACCUGCUCCGGGACAGCGUGCACGUGACGUCAGCAGCAGCGCGACCCACCAACGAGCUGUGGUGCUACAAGUGCCUGGCCGAAGACACGGAUGACCGCGGCUGCGCGGACCUGCGCCACAACAACUCAGCGCUCAUACACAAGUGCCACAACGACCGCCGAGUCUGCAUGGUAAAGGUGAAGCGGUUUUCCUACACCACUUCAACCGAGAACUCGACGACGGCGCUCAAGAUGUGGGCUCUGGAGCGCAACUGCACGAAGCACUGUGAGCCCGGCUGCAUCGUCAUCGGGGAGCGCACCAAGCUGUACGCCUGCACCUCAUGCUGUACCUCUUCACUGUGCAACUACGGGUCCCGCGCCCCCGCCCCGCGCGCCCUGCCCCUCCUCCCCCUCGCCCUCGCCGCCGCAACCGCCAUCUUAUGACAUUAGACACAUCCUGUAGUUAACUAACAAAGAGAACCUACCAACCAAACGCUUUAUUUCAACUCUGGGAGUACGGUUCAUUCGAUAUUCUUAUUCGGACUUGUUCAAUGGUAAUUCUAGAGUAGACUAUUCGCUCCUGCUUCCUCCGUUUAAAUUACUUAGCUAAUCAUGCAAAUAAGCAUAUCGUUUCCCUCUUUAGUAGAUAGGUAGAGAUACCCGCUUACCUAAGAACUUAACUACUAAAUAAUUGUGUUAUAGAUAGUAAAUUUCAGUGUUUCAUGAAAUUGUAUGUUGAAUAAGUUACCUUUACCUAUGUAGGUAUGGUUUUUUAUAGGUAAGUAUAUUAUGUUUCAUUUAUUUCUCCCUUUUGAAUGAGACUUAGCGUGGGACCAGGGUUGAUGUUGUGUUAGUUAGGUAAAAUUUAAUUGAUUUCACGCAUUACAAUAAUUAAACUAGGUAAGUCAAGGUUUCAAUGCAACUGGCACCACAUUUCUCUAACUACCUAGGUAUAUUGAAAAACCUUAACUGACGUUGAUAUUUUUCUUUUUUAUUACUUGUAUGUUUUACUAUACUAGCUUCAUCAAUUCAUCAUACAGUUAAGUAGUUAUCAAUAGGUACAUUUGGUAGAUAGGUACCUAUAGGUUAGCUGUUAUGGUAUCAGGUAAAACUCACUUCCCACCUGCCGCAUGUUUUAAGCUUUGAAUAACCAAGUGAUAAACAAAGACGUUGCUAUACCGGAAAGUGAUAACCAAAAUAAAAAAAAGGAUACAUGAAUAUGUACAGGUCGUGCCCAGUUACAGUUUACUAAAUACUUACUGCCACUGUUAAUUUAAGUAGGUACCUAUCAAAUAUUCAUUUUCCAUACUUUUAGGUAACGCACGCUGGUAGUCCCCUACCUAAAAGUAGCAUUUGCGAGUACCUUUGUAAUUUUAAUAUUUAUUCGGCUGUAAAUAUUAGGUUAUCGAUAAAUACAUUUAAUUUCAAA